AUGAGACUCCAACGUGUGGCCGCCCUUUUCUGCUUCGCGCCUCUGGCCGCUGUAGCAGCAGGUGCGGAUGGCCACUAUCCGAUCACAGGCGUACCGGUUGACCCCCGAGCUGGGGGUGUGCCUUUGAGGCGGAAUAUCGACGAGUUGGAAGCAAUGGGCGGAGAACAGUGGGACUUAUUCAUUCGUUCUCUCCUUGCUAUGCAUGACGCACCUGCCUCUGACCCGUUCUCGUACUUUCAAAUAUCCGGAAUUCAUGGCAAGCCAUUUAUCGAAUGGAAUAGUGGCGGGAAGAAGAAGGCUGAUGGAUGGCAGGGAUACUGUCCCCAUAAUGAAAAGAUAUUCUUACCUUGGCAUCGAACUUUCGUGCUACUCUACGAGCAAGUUUUAGUUGGGCAUGCCAAACGACUGGCCAGCGACUACCCUCAUAGAUAUCGUUACCAAUACAUGCAAGCAGCGGAGAAUCUCCGAUCGCCGUAUUGGGAUUGGGGAUUGGGGCUGGGCGUUCCACAGGCAACGGUCCCCGAGACAAUCCGAAUUCGCAUUCCCAAAGGGGAUAUUCUCGAAGAGACCGAAGUUCCCAAUCCCCUUGUUACGUUUCGGUUUCCACCGGAAGUGGUGGAUGGCCAAUAUAGUGAUUUUGAUCCUUCUAAUCGUACCCAGAUCUAUCGAUGCCCAUCGCCUGAGAAAUAUCCAGACUCCGCAAACAAUGGCCUUUCAAAGCGACCUUAUAGAAGUUGGAUUUAUGAAUGCUUUAUGCGUGCGGCAAACUAUUCCGAUUUCGCCUCGACAAGUGACCGGGGAAUAAGUCUAGAGCAAAUCCACAAUGGAAUACACUGGGAUGGAGCAUGUGGAGGCCAAUUCUUGGCGACUGACUACUCUGCUUUCGAUCCAUUGUUCAUGCUGCAUCAUGCCAAUGUCGAUCGGUUGUGGGCUUAUUGGCAAGCCAUAUCCCCCGAUCAUGGCAUUUUCCAUGAACCAUACUCGGGGAGCUCACGGUUCUCGACGCCCAACGGGACGACAAUCACCCCGGAUUCCCCAUUAGAGCCGUUCUACAAAUCCGACAACGAUUACCACUCAACCCGUUCUGUUUCAAGGAUACGAGAUUUGGGCUACUGUUACUUUGGAUUGGAGCACUGGGAAAAGUCCGAUGCCCAGAUGAAGCAUGCCGCACAGGGCAUAAUCAAUCGGCUCUAUGGCCCCAACGCCACAGACCCAGAGCCACUCAUCCAGAUCAACAAGAGUACAACAACGAGGUUUAUGGCGCACGUACAGCUCGAUGUUGCAGGCAUCGAUCGGCCAUGUACUCUGGAAGUUUAUCUUGGGCCAAGACACGCGGGGAGUUUUGUCGUCAUGGCGCAGCCAGAAAAGGGGAUGGUGUAUGGUGGGAUUCCCCUCGGUAAAGCGAUUGGGGAGUCUGGGAUGGGUUGGAUGGCCGCGACGAGUAUUGUCCAAUGGAUUCAAUCCUCGCUCGAGAUUUCUGUACUCAAGAACCUGGAGAGGUGA